AUGGCACCUAGUCAAAACAGCCAUUUCAAGCUGCUCCAGAGAUUCAAGCCGGACUAUUCGCCCAGCGAGUUUGUCCAGUAUGAAUCGGAGAGGACGGGCAUGAGAGUAGUGGUCAUCGACCAAAAAGGCCCUAAAGUCACAGGAUAUUUUGUUUUAGCCACUGAGAUCCUCGAUGACUCUGGUGCACCUCAUACAUUGGAACACCUGUGUUUCAUGGGCUCGCGGAACUAUAGAUACAAGGGAUUCCUUGACAAGCUUGCAACGCGUGUUUAUUCCAAUACUAAUGCCUGGACGGCCACAGACCAUACGGCUUACACGCUGGACACAGCUGGUUGGGAAGGAUUCGCUCAGAUUCUGCCCGUGUACCUAGAGCAUGUCAUAGCUCCAACUCUGACAGAUGAAGGGUGUUACACCGAAGUGCAUCACAUCGAUGGCACCGGAAACGAUGCCGGAGUCGUCUAUUCGGAGAUGCAGGGUGUGCAGAAUAAUUCUGCAGAGUUGAUUGAUCUAACUGCUCGUCGGUUGACUUAUCCACAUGGUGUGGGUUUCCGCUACGAGACAGGCGGUAUGAUGGAGCAGCUCCGUGUCCUCACAGCGGAGCGGAUCCGGGCGUUCCACCGCGAAAUGUACCAGCCCAAGAACUUGUGUUUGAUCAUCACAGGCGAGGUAGACCACGAAAACAUGCUGGAAACCUUGGACAAAUUUGAAGAUACCAUCCUAGACGUUAUUCCCAGUCCCGAUUCGCCCUUCAAGAGGCCCUGGGUAGAUUCAAAGCAGGCUCCGCCCUUGGAGAAGUCCAUUGUGCAGACUGUGGAAUUCCCGGAAGAAGAUGAAUCUUUUGGGGAGAUAGAGAUAAGAUUCCUUGGCCCCGACUGCUCUGACCCUGUUCAAACUGGGGCCGUUAACGUUGCACUGUUGUAUCUGGCUGGUUCAUCUGCUUCUCUCCUGGAUAAUAUCCUGGUUGAGAAGGAACAGCUCGCAAGUGCCGUCUAUUACGCCACCGAAGACCGUCCUAGCAUCGAGAUCCGCUUCACUCUGACCAGCGUCGAGACGGAGAAACUCGCGCAGGUAGAAAACCGAUUUUUCGAAGUGCUCAAGGAUGCCAUGGAGAAAGAACUUGAUAUGAGGUAUAUCAAAGAGUGCAUUGACCGACAAAGACGGACUUGGAAGUUUUCUACGGAAAGCUCUGCUUCGUCCUUUGCGGAGUACGUUAUCUCGGAUUUCCUUUUCGGAAAACGGGACGGAUCGACUAUGCUUGAUGUUGCGACGUUGAAAGAAUAUGAAGUGUUGGAAAAAUGGAGCGAGGGAGAGUGGCGCAGUUUCAUCAAGAGAUGGAUCUCCGACGCCAAACAUGUCACCAUUCUGGGAGUCCCCUCCGUGAAAAUGUCCGAUACAUUAAAGAAGGAAGAAGAAGCAAGAGUCGCGGAGCAGAAGAAGCUCUUGGGUGAGGAUGGCCUGAAGAAGCUGGCUGACAAGCUGGAAAAAGCGAAAGCCGAGAAUGACAAGGAAAUCCCUAAGGAGAUGUUGGAGAGAUUCCAAAUCCCCGGGAUCGAGUCUAUUCAUUUCGUGGAGACUACCACAGCCAGAUCUGGUGCUGCCCUGGAUUCCGGCCGCCCAGCCCACAAAGCGCAAAAGCUAGUGGAUGCCGACGGUUCUGAUCUGCCCUUGUUCAUCCACUUUGAGCAUAUCCCUAGUAGCUUUGUUCAGCUCUCCCUCCUCAUCUCUGCGCAAGCUGUACCUGUACAACUUCGCCCGCUGUUGUCUGUUUAUACGGAGGCAUUCUUCAACCUGCCUGUCAACCGUGACGGGGAGACAAUCAACUUUGAACAAGUUGUCGUUGAGCUUGAAAGAGAUACAGUGGGUUACUCCAUGGAAGGGGCUAGAAGUCUAUGCAACUCGGAGAUGCUGCGUAUCUCAUUCCAGGUGGAAAUCGACAAAUACAGCACGGCGAUUGCAUGGAUCCAGGAGCUUUCCUGGAACUCGAUCUUCGAUGUUGAGCGACUGCGAGCAAUCACCAGUCGACUGCUUUCCGAUGUGCCCGAUUCUAAGCGCAGUGGCGAUGACAUGCUUGCGGCUGUGCAUGUGAUGGUUCACUACGCGGCAGAGUCUAUUGUCCGUGCUCGGAGCACCUUGGUGAAGGCCCGUUACCUGAAAAGGAUCAAGAAACAACUAGCCGAAGAUCCAAAAUCUGUCGUUGCGCGCAUGGAAGAGAUUAGAAAUGCUCUUUUCCGUUUCGAGAACAUGCGAGUUCUAGUUAUUGCGGACCUCGAGAAACUCCAAAACCCUGUGUCGGCAUGGAAACCGUUUACUGAGCGUUUGGGUGCGAGUGCCCCCCUGCAACCUAUCACGGCCAGGAGACCAUUGCUCAGUGAGGCUGGCCAGAAGUUGGGCGGCAAGUCGUAUGUGGUUCCUAUGCCAACGAUUGAUUCAUCAUUUGCAUAUGCAACGGCACGGGGUCUUGAUUCGUAUGAUGACCCGAGACUUGCUGCCUUGAUGGUCGCAAUUUCAUACAUGAACGCGGUGGAGGGACCCCUUUGGGUUGCAGUUCGGGGCAAGGGCCUAGCCUAUGGCACCACCUUCGCCUACAACAUCGACACCGGGUUUGUCAACUUCGAUGUAUACCGCUCUCCUAACGCCCAUAAGGCCUUCGACUCAAGCAAGCAGAUUGUUGAGGAUCAUCUUUCUGGAGCCAUCCCCUUCGAUCCUCUGAUGCUGGAAGGCUCGAUCAGCAGCAUUGUUGUCAGCUUUGCUAACGAGCAAGCGACCAUUGCCAAUGCUGCUUCUGGCAGCUUUGUCCGACAGGUGGUGCGACGCUUGCCCAGCGAUUACAAGGAGAGGGUGCUCAAGCAGGUGCGCGCCACUAGCAUCGAAGACGUCAAGGGCGCAUUGCAGCACAUCAUCCUGCCUUUGUUCAACCCCACUACUGCGAAUAUCGUGAUUACAUGCGCCACAGUGCUUGAGGAUACGAUCAAGGAAGGCCUCGAGGCAUCCGGAUUCACUCCGAAGGUACAGGCACUCAAGGAAUUUGAAGAUGACUAUGGACUGAAGGUUGGUGAUGAUGAGGAUGAGGAGUCUGACGACGACGAUGAGGAUGAUGAAACUGGAUCCGAAGACGAAGACGAUGAUGAUGACGAAGAGUCUGACGACGAAGCUGAUGAGUGA